CGGGCGGAGUGGAAGUGUAAGUGUGCUAAGCCAAACCCCUGGGUAUCCAGGGCGAUUUAGUUCUCUCACUUUACAGGAAAUGUGGAAUUACUAAAGAAGAAUCUCGGGUCGAGAAGUGGAUCGAUUGUUAAUUGCGUCAGGGAACCUUUUUCUAGAAGCAAGGCGCUGGUAAAGUCUUUGACACCACCUCUUUGGCACGAGGGACUAAUACUAUUUAGGUGUUCGAUAUUUGUUGCCGUGAUAUCUGGGGUCUGCUUAUUGGUAUGGUAUGGGAAGUCAAAAGCCAAGGGCUUCGUUGAAGCCAAGCUUUUGCCUUCUGUCUGUUCCACCCUUAGUGAUUAUAUCCAGCGCGAACUUGACUUUGGAAAGGUUAGAAGGAUUUCUCCUUUAAGCAUAACCUUGGAGUCAUGUUCUUUUGGUCCUCAUUUGGAAGAAUUUUCUUGCGGUGAGGUUCCCACCAUUAAACUUCGCAUUCGACCUUUUUCUAGUUUGAGGAGGGGAAAGAUUGUCAUUGAUGCUGUUCUAUCUGAUCCAUGUCUCUUGGUUGCGCAAAAGAAGGAUUUUACUUGGUUAGGAAUUCCCUCAUCAGAGGGGAGUCUGCAGAGGCGGUCUUCUUCUGAAGAAGGCAUUGACUAUCGGACAAGAACUAGGAGAAUUGCUUGGGAGGAAGCAGCUGCUCGGUGGGCUAGAGAAAGGGAUGAUGCAGCUAGGCAAGCUUCAGAGAUUGGUUAUGUAGUCUCUGAUAAAGGCUCUGGUCCAUCCAAAGAAAGUGCUAAAGAGAUGGAAAGUAAUUUCACAAAAUCCAUGAGUUCUGAGUCCUUUCCGUGCAUGGAGGAGAAGAUGCAUUGGAGUGAUCAUCAUUGUAUGGACACCAGUGUUGAUUAUGAUAUGAGGCAUGCAGAUCUAGAGAAAUCAUUUGGUGUGAAAGUACCUGACUCUGGACUGAACUUCUGGUCUACAUUGAUCAAACGAGUUCGAAAGCACAAGAGGAAAUCCAAUGGUGGUAGUUAUUCUGAAGAUGUUCUUGCUGCUAAGAACAGAAUACUCAAGCGCAGUGCAACAGCAGCAGCUUCUUAUUUCCAGAGACUAUCUCAAAGGACUUCUGAUGAGACCUCACAAUCACUUGCAGGUUAUAAUUUUAUGGAUGUCAAGAGUUCUCUACAGAAAAGUCAGGCGGGUAUUGUCGAUGUCUCUGCGACAAGUGUCAAAGGACAGUUGACAGAUGAUACCCAUAUCGGUGAAUGUCUCAAAACUUCAGAAUUGGAUCAUCUUACAAAGAACAAAGAUGAAAAUAGACCUAAUCGUAGUUUGAAUUUUGUAUACAAUCCAUUUUUCAUGAUAUUUGGUAGAUGGAAUGGAGUGGAAAAACUCAGGCACAGUUCUUCAAGUGUAAAGGUGGCUGAAAAAGUUGAUGCUAAAUACGACAAUACUAGUGUUAAUAUUGUCAAUCAACAUGCUGAUCAUAAUAUUGAGUAUGCAAAGGGUGAUACAACGUAUCAAGAUUCAGCUCUUGGCAAAGCUGACCGCUUGGUUGCAAUGCAACAGCCCUUGCACUCAUGGCAUCUGAAUCUCAAUUUUCCUUCAUCUUAUGGAAAAAUGGCUGACCGGUUCUUCAAUAGCUUUGCUGUUGCCUUGGGGAAGCUGAAGUCAACAGUUGCUCCAAAAGUUGAAGAUGUUGUUGCAGAACUUGUUGAUGGAGCUGAAGUAGCACAAACUGAAGGCAUCAGCAAGAUGCUUCCUGUUACUCUGGACUCAGUUUACUUCAAAGGUGGGACAUUAAUGCUGCUUGCUUACGGAGACAUGGAGCCCAGAGAGAUGGACAACACAGAUGGACAUGUGAAGUUUCAAAAGAAUUAUGGCCUCAUUCAUGUUCAACUGAAUGGUAAUUGUCAGAUGUGGAGAUCAGAUUCAAUGUCUGAAGAUGGUGGUUCACUGUCUGCCAAUGUUUUUGUUGACAUUCUCGAGCAAAAAUGGCAUGCCAAUCUAAAGAUAGCUCACCUUUUUGCUCCACUUUUUGAAAGGAUUUUAGAAAUCCCGAUUACAUGGGCGAAAGGUAGAGCCACUGGUGAGGUUCAUAUGUGCAUGUCCAGAGGAGAGACAUUUCCAAAUAUUUAUGGUCAACUUGAUGUGAUGGGAUUGGCUUUUCAACUAUAUGAUGCUCCAUCAUGGUUUUCUGAUGUUUCGGCAAGUUUAUCUUUGCGCGGUCAAAGAAUAUUCUUACACAAUACAAGUGGAUGGUUUGGCAGCGUUCCCCUGGAAGCUUCUGGAGAUUUUGGCAUUAAUCCUGAUGAAGGAGAAUUUCAUGUAAUGUGCCAGGUUCCUUGUGUCGAAGUGAAUGCCUUGAUGAAAACUUUCAAGAUGAGACCUCUGUUAUUUCCGCUUGCUGGUUCAGUAACUGCAGUAUUCAACUGUCAGGGCCCAUUGGAUGCUCCCGUGUUUGUGGGUAGUGGGAUUGUUUCAAGGAAGAUGGCUAAUUCUGUUUUAGACUAUCCUGCAUCUAUUGCAUAUGAAGCAAUGUUGAAAAAUAAGGAGGCUGGUGCAGUGGCUGCAUUUGAUCGAGUUCCAUUUUCAUAUGUAUCAGCCAAUUUUACUUUCAACACUGAUAAUUGUGUUGCGGACUUAUAUGGUAUCAGAGCUAGUCUUGUUGAUGGUGGUGAAAUCCGUGGGGCUGGGAAUGCAUGGAUUUGUCCAGAGGGGGAGUUGGAUGACUCGGCUAUAGAUGUAAAUUUUUCGGGAAACUUAACUUUUGAUAAGAUCUUGCAACGGUAUAUGCCGGCUUAUCUUCAUUCGGUGCCGCUCAAGUUGGGAGAUUUAAGUGGAGAGACAAAACUUUCUGGGUCACUUUUGAGACCGAGAUUUGAUAUCAAGUGGACGGCACCAAAAGCGGAGGGAUCAUUUAGUGAUGCUCGUGGGGACAUCAUUAUCUCACAUGAGUAUAUAACUGUUAAUUCUUCAUCUGUUGCUUUUGAGUUGUACUCAAAAGUUCAAACAUCAUAUCCCGAUGAAUACUGGCUUGAGAAAAGGGACGUCAAUCCGAUGAACUCUGUCCCAUUUAUUGUUGAAGGAGUGGACUUGGAUUUACGAAUGCGGGCUUUUGAAUUUUUUAGCUUUGCUUCUUCUUAUUUUUUUGACUCUCCAAGACCUGUGCAUUUAAAAGCAACUGGAAGAAUAAAGUUCCAGGGAAAGGUUACAAAGCCCUUAGGCCAUGCUAAUGGGCACAUGAAUACUGAUGACAGUUUGCAAAGUGUGCACGAAUGUGAAGAGAGCUCAAAGAAUCUUGUGGGCGACGUGGCUAUCUCAGGUCUCAAACUGAACCAAUUGAUGCUGGCGCCUCAGUUGGCAGGGCUCUUGAAAAUUUCACGCGAAUAUAUAAAGUUGGACGCCACAGGAAGACCAGAUGAAAGUCUUGCACUUGAGGUUGUGGGUCCUCUGCAGCCUAGUGAAGAAAAUCUCCAAAAUGGGAAAAUGUGUUCCUUCUCUCUGCAGAAGGGGCAGCUAAGAGCUAAUGCUUGCUUUCGACCUCUACAUACUGCCAACUUGGAGCUACGCCAUUUGCCUCUUGAUGAAUUGGAGCUGGCUUCCCUCAGGGGAGUGAUUCAAAGGGCAGAAAUCCAGCUUAAUCUUCAGAAAAGAAGGGGUCAUGGAGCUUUAUCUGUGCUUCAGCCAAAAUUCAGUGGUGUGCUAGGGGAAGCUCUUGAUGUAGCUGCUAGAUGGAGUGGAGAUGUUAUUACAGUUGAGAAAACCAUUCUAGAACAAAGCAAUAGCCGAUAUGAACUUCAAGGUGAAUAUGUCUUGCCUGGCAGCCGGGAACGAAGCCCUACUGGUAAAGAAACUGGUGGCUUGUUGAAAAGAGCAAUGACAGGGCAUUUGAGUAGUGUUAUAUCUUCUAUGGGAAGAUGGAGAAUGAGACUUGAAGUUCCUCGGGCUGAGGUUGUUGAGAUGCUUCCACUGGCGAGACUUCUUUCUCGAAGCACAGAUCCGGCUUUUCAUUCUAGAUCAAAGGAUUUUUUUAUUCGGAGUUUGCAGUCUGUGGGAUUAUGUACUGAAAGCGUACAAGAACUCCUUGAGGUGAUACGUGGGCACUAUAGUCCAGCAAACGAAGUGAUCCUUGAAGACUUAGCACUUCCUGGGUUGGCUGAACUUAAAGGUCGCUGGCAUGGCUCUCUUGAUGCAAGUGGUGGAGGGAAUGGGGAUACAAUGGCAGAUUUUGACUUCCAUGGAGAGGACUGGGAAUGGGGGACCUACAAAACUCAGCGGGUUCUGGCAGUUGGUGCAUACAGCAAUGAUGAUGGAUUGCGGCUGGACAAUUUUUUUAUCCAAAAGGAUAAUGCCACAAUCCAUGCUGAUGGAACUUUGUUAGGCCAAAAAAAUAACCUGCAUUUUGCUGUUCUAAAUUUUCCUGUCAGUUUAGUCCCUACUGUCAUUCGCGUUGUUGACUCUUUAGCUACUGAUGUCAUUGAUUCUUUGCAUCAAUUACUAGCACCAAUUAAGGGUAUUCUUCACAUGGAGGGAGAUCUUAGGGGUAGUCCGGGUAAACCAGAAUGCGAUGUCCAAGUGAGGCUUUUGGAUGGUGCUAUUGAAGGCAUUGAUCUAGGACGUGCUGAGAUUGUUGCAUCCUUGACCUCUUCCAGCCGUUUUCUGUUCAAUGCGAAAUUUGAACCGGCGAUCCAAAAUGGUCAUGUGCACAUUCAAGGCAGUGUUCCUGUUACGUUUGUCCAAAAUAAUCUCCUUGAGGAGCAAAACAUUGAUAGAGACAAAACUGAAGCUUCUUGGGUCUCUGGCUGGACGAAGGAAAGUGGUCGAGCAUCUCUGGAUGAUACUGGUGAAAAGAAAGCCUCUAGAGGUAGAAGUGAAGAUGGGUGGGAUACCCAAUUAGCUGAAAGCCUCAGAGGUUUAAACUGGAAUAUCCUAGAUGUUGGGGAAGUAAGGAUUGAUGCUGACAUAAAAGAUGGGGGCAUGAUGUUGUUGACAGCUCUAUCUCCACAUGCCAAUUGGCUUCAUGGCAAUGCAGAUGUAGUGCUUCAGGUCAGAGGUACAGUCGAACAACCCCUGCUUGAUGGAUCUGCAUCUUUUCAUCGGGCUUCUGUCUCUUCACCUGUGCUCCGUAAACCACUCACAAAUCUUGGUGGCACGCUUCAUGUGAAAUCAAAUAGGUUAUGUAUUGGUUUGUUAGAGAGCAAAGUAAGCAGGAGAGGUAAAUUGUUCAUAAAGGGAAAUUUGCCUUUCAAGACAAGUGAAGCAUCUCUUGGUGAUCAAAUCGACUUGAAGUGUGAAAUAUUAGAAGUACGGGCCAAGAAUAUUUUAAGUGGUCAGGUUGACACACAGAUGCAAAUAACUGGUUCCAUUUUGCAACCAAACAUUUCUGGGAAAAUUAAAUUGAGUCACGGAGAAGCAUACUUACCUCAUGAUAGGGGCAGUGGAGCCGCACCUUUUGAUAGAUUGGCCUCAAAGCAGUCCCGGCUCUCUGUUGCUGGUGUGAAUCGUGCAUUUGCUUCAAGAUACGUUUCCCGGUUUUUUAAUGCAGAGCCUGCUGCUUUGCGAAUUGGAUUCUCUCCACGUUCAGUAAAAUCAGCUGAAGUUAAGAAGGAAGCGGAUCGAGUAAACAUUGCACCAAAAGUAGAUGUACACCUCAGUGAUUUGAAGCUCGAACUGGGGCCAGAGCUGAGAAUUUUGUAUCCUUUGAUUCUCAAUUUUGCUGUCAGUGGGGAGCUGGAGCUUAAUGGCCUUGCUCAUCCCAAGUUGAUAAAACCCAAAGGCAUCCUGACAUUUGAAAAUGGGGAUGUGAAUCUUGUUGCAACUCAGGUGAGGCUGAAGAAAGAGCAUUUAAACAUAGCCAAGUUUGAGCCUGAGCAUGGACUAGAUCCAAUGCUAGACUUGGCUUUGGUUGGAUCAGAGUGGCAAUUUAGGAUCCUAAGUCGAGCAAGUAAUUGGCAGGAUAAUUUGAUUGUGACCACCCGCUCUGUGGAGCAGGAUGGCCUCUCACCUACUGAGGCAGCUAGAGUCUUCGAGAGUCAAUUGGCAGAGUCUAUCUUGGAAGGUGAUGGUCAGCUUGCAUUUAAAAAGCUUGCAACUGCAACUCUUGAAACACUAAUGCCAAGAAUAGAGGGAAAGGGAGCGUUUGGCCAGGCUAGGUGGAGAAUGGUCUAUGCACCACAGAUCCCGAGUCUGCUCUCUCUUGAUCCUACAGUUGAUCCUUUCAAAUCUCUAGCCCAUAAUCUUGCAUCAGGAGCAGAAGUUGAAGUUCAGCUUGGUAGACACCUUCAGGCCUCUGUCGCGAGGCAGUUGAAGGAUCCGGAGAAGGCGAUGCAAUGGACCUUGAUUUACCAGCUCACCAGCCGCCUGCGGGUGCUUCUGCAAUCAGCUCCUACCCAAUGCCUGCUCUUUGAAUAUUCUGCCACCUCCCAGGAUUAGACCGUCAUGCGUCUGCGGACUCAACCCAGAGGUGGUUAAGCUUCUUGCCGGUGAUGUGCACUUUACGGUUCUUUGCCCCUUGGCUUGGGGAUUGUGAUAUUAGGUGCUGUAUAUAUGUUUAGUCAUUCUUUCGCUCGGAAAUCAUCGAGCCCACAUGUUCUUCUUUUUGCCUUGUAAUGUACAGUAGCAGAAUGCUGGCGACCCGUUACAUAGCUUCGUCAUUCAUUAUCACGUUCUAAUCGAAGAAGGGGGAAAGAUCAAAUUGAGUUCCCCGUUGAGUGCUUUCGCACUCAAAUUAGUU